AUGAUUUGGGCCUUAAUGGAUCCUUCUAACUUCUUGUUUCGCCGCCGAUUGCAAACCCUAGCUCCCUCUCUCUGCAGAUCUCUCUCGCCUCACUCAGAGAUGGCCAAGUCGAAGAAUCACACGGCGCACAAUCAGUCUGCAAAGGCCCAUAAGAACGGAAUCAAGAAGCCGAGGAGGCACCGUCACACCUCAACCAAAGGAAUGGACCCUAAGUUCCUGAGGAACCAGAGGUACGCAAGGAAGCACAACGUCAAGAGCGGCGAGAAUGCUACUGCUGAGGAUUAG